AUGAACACCUUCAUCUCUGCAAGCUCGCCAUUGUUCGAAUACCAACCUUGUAAAGCAUGUAAUAUCUCCACGGGAUUCUCAAGUGGAUCGGAUUUUACGGGGAGGGAUUAUAAUGGUACUGAAAGUGGGAUGAUCACUCAGACGGGUGAUACGAGUGUGACGUUCAACUGUACAGGUUCAGGAGUAUCUUUCGAUGUUUCCUAUAGUCAACCACUCAAUUCAUCUUUCACGCCUUCGUUGAUUGUCAACGGUUCAUCAUCCGAUGCCUCGAACGGUGUUAGAGCCAACGGUACAUCAAUAACAAACCUACCAUUGGGUAAACAUUCUUUCCAGCUUUCAUUCAACCGUACCUCUCAUCAGAAUAAUGAUGAGUGGGUAAGAGUGAAUGGAGCGAACUGUAAUGUAGGAUAUCAAAUGAUCAGUAGUCAGACGAAUACCGAGAUAAUUGACGAUUCAGCUUGGAGGACUUGGAAAGUUUAUCUAACACCUGGUUGGAAUAUGUUGGAAGAAGAGGGUAUAUCGAAUUAUAUAGAUUUGGAUCAAUACCAAGCUGAACUUCCAACCGCAUCAAGAGAUUAUAAUGGAUCGAUAUCAUGGACUGAACAGGCGAAUGCGGCAAACGAGAUACAUUUUACGGGUUCGGCAGUUUGGGUACAUGGCAUAGUAGGUGAUGUAGCCGGAUCAUACGAGGUAGUACUCGAUAAUGUCACUCAAGGAGUUUUCAACGCUUCUGGUGGCCCUAGAGUAUACAAUUCCAUAUUGUAUCAUACCUCUGAUUUGGCCGAUACAGACCAUUCGAUCUUACUUCGUAAUCUUGAGCAGGGCAAACGGCUGAGUUUCGAUCGUCUAGUGGCCAUGUCAGGCCUGAAUCAAGUAGCGAAUUAUUCAUCAUCCCUAUUGCCCACAUCUUCCUCAGAACCUUCUUCAUCUGCCUCACAACUGGAAGUGUCAUCCUACUAUCCUACUGCCACAGGGAAUAAUGCUCAGCAGCAGGACAAUAUCUCUACGUCACUCUCAGGAGGUGCCAUCGCAGGAAUUGUCGUAGCUGCUUCGAUAGUAGUCGCUACGUUUAUGAUCACCUGGAUCUUCGCUUGUCUGAAGAAAAGGCAAGAUCAGAGGAAGAAUGAACAAACUGAGCUGCAGGAUGAAAGAGAACAGCGAGAGAAAUCGCAAACUACUUUCUUCCGAUUCUCUUCUCGAGCGCCUUCUCCCACCCCUGGACACCCAUUUCACCCUUUACCUUCACCCAAACAGCCUCAACCUCAACCGCUGGUUACCCAGCAGAGCCAGCAUCCCAUUCCUACACCUAGGAAACCUACCACUUCAAGGUUAUUCAACUUUUCAUCGCCUACACCAUCGUUACGAUCGUUCAUUCAGAACCAUACUACGGCAUCAAUCGUAUCUGAGAAAGACGGUAGGGGUAGUGGCACUUCAUUCUUGAAAUUGAACAAUAAUCGAUUCAGUCGGUCAGCCAAACAUCAUCAGAGGAAUGAAAGUAAUGCCGAUACUGGAUCGGAGAUAUUGAAUCCACUUGGUCAUGGAGCGAAGAAGAGUAUAGCUGGAUUGAAUAUAAGUAAUCCUCAAAGAAUCCAUCAAUAUCCUACACGAAUGCAAAGAGAGAAAUCUGAAGAUUAUUUGCCUUCUUUGGCAUCGCAUACUCGUGAAGUUCCAUUACCUGACCAAUCACCGCCACCACCACCACCACCAGAGACUGGACCGGAUAAUACACCUAUUCUACCAAUCCGAACCGAUUCUAUCGCAUCUUCAUCUACAACGAACGGUCGACGUGAAACUAUAUCACCUUUGGUAGCUGCCCUAUCAGGCAAGACUUCUUCCCCGUUAGCUGAAUUAUCUAGAUCAGCUUCUAAGAGAUUGACUUCACCACUUGGAGGAGUAUUCACAAAACGUAAGGGUGCCAACCCCCAUCCCAACCCUAACGAAGGUGGUCGUCGGUCAUCAGUGGCAGAUUCGCUAGAUACAAAGAGAGAAAGUAAAUUCGGUGGAGGAUCAAUCAAAACUGCCAAGACAGAGUUUGAUCCCGAUGAAUCGGGUGGUGAUGGGAUUGGCAUUUUGACUAUGUAUGCUACCUUACCUCCUGGACCAGCAUCAUCUCAGAGAAAUACAGCUUUUGAUUAUUCCCCGAAUCCUGACAGGUAUGAUGAAUAUGAUCAGGCUGGGCAGGAUAAUAUUUCCGGAGUUGGGGUUGCUUUGGGUAGUCCGAUGCAAGAUCAGAAUUUUCAGUGGGAGGGGAAUGCUCAGAGAAUGACGGAUGAAAUGGAAGAGGAAGAGCAAUUCAAACCUCCCACAAGGAGAUUCUUGGGAUUGGGUGACCGCCCGAAGUCUGGAGUAUCGAACAAAUCAGGUAAAACCGUUUCUUCAAUCGGUUCAGGUUGGAGGUAUAUGUGA